AUGAGGCGAGAGAACCUCCCCAUCGAUGCUCUUGCGGCAUGGGCUAGACUUAACAGCGUCCAAUUCCACGGCGUUGAGGUCACGCAAUUACAGACUGAAGCUGGAGUUGACAAGGGGUGUUCGGUUGUUGCGACUGCAAAGAAAUCAGCCCCAGAGUUCGAUCCAGAAACUCCAGCUGAGCCAGAAAUAUUGAUGACUAUUCCGUCUGAUCUAGUGCUUUCACUAGAGUUAGUGGAAACCUUCCGAGGGGCCAUAUUAAUUUUCCUCCUGGUGCACAUUUCAUAUUCGGAUCCAGACUUAUCGUCCAAGGAACACAUUAAAAUAUCCAACGCAUGGACAGAGUACAUAAAAUUUCUUCCGGCGUCAUACUCUUUGCCAACUUGGUACACCAUCGAGGAGCGUGAGCUUCUACAUGGCACUUCACUGGAACUAGCUCUGGACUUGAAAUUGGCUUCGCUAGAGAAAGAAUUUGAGCAGUUACGUGAAGCUACGAUGGAUAUCCCCUGGUGCAAUCGUGAUUGGUGGAACGAGGAUACAGGCCGGCUUGCCUUCGAGGAUUGGAAGUUAGUCGACGCCAUGUAUAGAUCGCGAGCCCUGGAAUUUCCCGGCAAGGGGCAUUCUAUGGUUCCCUGUGUGGAUAUGGCAAACCACACGUCGGGUAUCCAGACCGGCGCGUUGUAUGAGACCGAUGCAAAUGGAAACGCUGUUUUUCAGUUGGGAUGGGGACAGAGUUUGGAGGUGGGCGACGAAGUAACCAUCACAUAUGGUGACGAAAAGGGUGCUGCCGAGAUGAUAUUCUCCUACGGAUUUAUUGAAAGCAACCUGACGAACGCACACCAGCUGUUUCUUGACCUCGAUAUCCCGGCUAGUGACCCACUAGCGCCCGCGAAAAAAGCUGUCUGUGAUGUCGCCCCUGGAUUCCGCCUUUUCAUACCUCCCGGUUCUGACACGACUGAUUGGGAAAGCUCAUUCGUCUGGUGGUGUUGCGUAAACGAAGAGGACGGCCUAGAGUUCCGCGUCAUUCAGUCAAACCAAGGAGAGCGGGAGCUCAAGGUUUCAUGGAAAGGAUCUAGCCUAAGCUCGUCCGGGUCAUUGCUCGACCACCUCAAAAUGGAACCUAUGUGGGAGGUCUUUCAGCUUCGGGCGGUUGUAACGAUACAGGACCGCAUGGAGAGUCAACUUCUUCAGCUGCGUGCGAGGGACGAAUAUGUGCAACGAUGGCUUGAAUAUGUCGACGAAAAGGUGAUUCGCCGGUCUGUAUGGCAAACAACUCUUAAACUCAGAGAAUUGGAGGGAGAGCUCUUGGAAGCUGGGCUUCGUGAUAUAGAAGCAAAGAAACUACAACUAUUGGAUACAGAGCCUGUUAAGGAUUAUUUGGCAACGCAGCACCCUGGCGCAGACAUUGCGGAGGACUUCUCCUAA